GCUCACAUGGGAAGAUUGCGGUUAAUGUAUAACAUUGGCUAUGGUAUAUCAUUAGCAUCUUUAUUACUAGCAGUUGGUAUAAUGGUACGUUUUAAAAGACUACAUUGUUCCAGAAAUACCAUCCAUAUCAACUUAUUUGCGUCGUUUAUCCUUCGUGCGUCCAUAUCAUUUAUGAAAGAAAACCUGCUGGUACAAAGUGUGGGAUUCUCCUUUGAUCACUGGCAAUGUAAGCUGUUCUUCACUCUGUUUAACUAUAUAUUAGGAGCGAAUUAUAUGUGGAUAUUUGUAGAAGCCUUAUAUUUACACAUCCUCAUCACGGUGUCUGUCUUCUCAGACAAAUCUGGUAUCAUAUGGUAUAUACUGUUUGGCUGGUUGGCGCCGGUAUGUUUUGUAUUACCUUGGGUGAUUGUUAGAGCGACUGUAGAAGAUGAAUUAUGUUGGAACACUCAUCCUACACCAGAAUAUUUCUGGAUAACCAAAGCUCCCAUCGUCGCCUCUAUUGUGAUAAAUUUUAUAAUAUUUUUGAAUCUAAUUCGUGUUUUAUUCACUAAAUUGAACGCCGUCAAUUCGCCCGAAGCUAAAAAAUUCAGGUAUCAAAAAUUGGCUAAAUCAACGUUAGUUUUGAUCCCGUUAUUUGGAGUCCAUUACAUUGUGUUUCUCGGUUUACCAGGCGGUUUAGAUGAAAGACUAGAAUUAGCUAAACUUUACUUUGAAAUGUUCUUCAACUCAGUUCAAGGAUUUUUCGUGGCUCUGUUGUUUUGUUUCCUUAACAGUGAGGUUCAAAAUGAAGUUAAGAAAAACUGGCAUAGAUUUAAACUA